AUGUUGUUCUUGUUGGUGUAUAUCAUCAAAUGGUUGAGUGAUACCCCAAUCUUCAAGGAGAAUCAUCAACAACAACAAGCUCAACAUUCUAAAUCUUCAAUCCAAGUGCAACAACGCCAAGAUCAAAAUGGAGCCAAUUCUAUACAAAAGGAAUAUAAUGCAAAUCAAUGCGUUAAUCAUCAUCAAUCCAUUAAAAUCAACUACUUUAAUAGGCAGACAUUUCAAGGCAAAAAUUUCAAUGGUAAAGUCUUUAUACCAGCUGAAUUUUUAUCCAGCCAAUUUGGUUGGGUUGGAGAAUCACAAAAUUUAAAUGGUGAGAAAGUAUGGUCCAUCAGCAAGCGAAAAGCAAGAGUGGUCGAUCCAAUCGGUCGUUAUAACUAUAAAGGACCCUUUACCUGGUUUAAUUUUUAUAAAGUGGAAAAGAGAGAGCGAGUCAAAUAUAUCGAUAGUGUCACUGGUGUUCCUAUCUCCACUCAGUGGUCUCAAAAAGGCUAUUUCUAUCCCACUCAAAUUUGCCAAUUUGCAUUAAGCCAUUUUACACGAUUAUUACUCAAUGGGACCAAAAUCAAUCAACGUAUCCUAUUCGAUUGCAAAUCCAUGGACAUAGUCUCAACUUGGAAAGUCCAUCAAACUACCUCAAUUCAGUGUAUCGAUGCUAUCGUAGAUGGACCCAAUAAACGGGUCAUGAAAUUUGCUCAAAGUCAUUCUUCCAAAGCGAUGUCGUUAAAUAUGCAGUCAAGCUUUAAACGGUUCAUUGCUAGAUUUGAAGUUCAAUUCAAAGGAUCAGGAAGCAUUUCCUUUCUAGUUACUACGAAACGACAGCAGCAGUUUACAAUCCGCUACAGUACUGCAAAGGUAGGCGUUAGCUUUUCUGAACGAUCCAAAACUGUCAUAUACGGCAUAGGUACACGAAAUGUCCUCUCUAGAAUCACUAGAGAUCUUGAAAUCGACCUAUGUAAAGCUCUUUUACUAGAACGGAGACGAAAGGGCUCUCGAAAAGGUGCAUUGUCUAAGAAAGCUGCCUUGAUUUCUGUGGAUGCAGUGACAUUACAAGGAAGUGGCUUGUUAGGAAAACUCAGCUUGGUGGAUAGUGCCGAUAAAGAUUUCUUUAUAGAUGCUGCAAAUUGGUUAGUCGCCAACCAAGAUAGAAGUGGCGGCUGGCCCGUCAGUGUUAGUCAUAAAAUAAAUAAACUGACUCUAACCCUAAAGCCAGGAUGGUACUCUGCUAUGGCCCAAGGACAAGCAAUGUCGACCUUGACCAGAGCGUUUCACUUGACCAAAGAGUACAAAUACCUACGAACGGCGCUAUUAGCAACAAAGCCUUUCCACAUACCAGCAAGUGAAGGUGGUGUACUUGCCACUGUAUUUGGUACUUAUAAAUUCUAUGAAGAAUAUCCUACCAAAAUACCACUGCUAGUAUUAAACGGCUUUAUUUAUUCCCUUUUCGGUCUUUAUGACCUUAAAUCUGCUGUUGAAGAUGUCAAUGCCCAUAAUAUAACUAGCGAUGCUGCUGAAUUGUAUCGUGAUGGAAUCAGAACGUUAAAGAACCUCCUUCCUUUAUAUGAUGCAGGUUCUGACACUUUUUACGAUUUGCGCCAUGUAGUUAUAAAGGCUGAGCCGAUUAUUGCCCGAAGUACUUAUCAUGCUCUUCAUAUCAGCCAACUGUUACAUAUUGAUACUAUUGAAGAGGACCCUUUAUUUGCAAGAAUAGCUAAAAGGUGGAUGGAAUAUAUGAACGGCGGCCGAGCUAAUCAUAACUAA